ACGUAACCAAUUCCUCUGCUAAGGCAUCUCGCAGUUUCUUGGCUGAGAGGAAGAGAUCGGCCGUUGUUGACGCAGCUGGAGAAAAUGAGAAACUAGAAAUGCGCAGCUCAGUAACGUGGAUGGCAAAUAGAGGGAAUGGUUUUGGCUCAUGACUCUGAAACAGCUAUAGAGAUCUCAUGGGAAGAGAAAGCGAACAGGGGAGAUUGGCUAACAGCAAACACUCCGGAUGCUUACAAACGCUGCCUUUGGAGCGGAACCUCACCGUGAAACAAAACGUCUUAUUGCCUAACUUCCAGAAAGGUUUAACAAAAUAGAAACAUGCAUUCCUUUGCACUGGUCAAUGUGCCGACUCAUCAGAUUGGGCAGUCAUCUCAAACCUCACAAGCUGCUACCCAACCAUACCAAGGUGGAGUUUGGUCUGCAAACGCCACACAGCAGUACGUGACGGGGAAUGGAGGAGUACAACCGUCUCACGGCACUAAUUUUGUCCUGCAGAAUGGAGCAAACCCUAGCAGACAAAUGUCAAAUUGGCAGAGCUCUGAUACUACUUAUCUGGCGGCUCAGUUGAAAAAUGCUUCACAUUUCAAGGACGAUGCCCUUUUCCAAAUAAUUCUUAGGCAGCAGCAGCAGGAGCAGCAUAGAUUAAACAAUUUACAAAAGGUGACUCUUUCUAUGACAAACACUGUCAUAUCUCAGCCAGCCCCAAUGCAAAACUCUCACCAAAAUGGAGUGGACCACAGUCAACAUAGUACUGCUGUCACAAACGCCACCUAUGCCCAACAAAGCAUGUCGGUGCUCUGCAAACAGACAGUUUCCUUUGAUGAGGUUCAGAUGAACAGGACCAGGAAUGCUUCACAUCUUCAACAAAGCUUGACCCAGCAGGCUUUUCAUCCAGCUGCAAAAGGAGGAAUGACCAGACCCAUUUCAUCAUACACUGCUGCUCCCUCACUUCUGUAUGACCAGACGAUCAAUGCCAACAAAACACUAGCUGGAGCUAUUCAUAAUGGUCAAGCUCAUGUGUCUUCUAAUCAAAUUCACAGACCACAUUUCUCUCAGGGUGGAUGCUCUCAAAACUAUACAUCAAGCUGUGGAAUGGCAACCUCUCAGACAUUUAAAGACAAUAGUGUUGCUACUCGGUGUACAUCCUCAAAUGCUCAGACUACACAUCCUUUGCUUGUACAUCAACUAAAUCAGCAACCUUCAACUCAGAGCAAUCCUUCGUAUAACAACUACAGAAGUUUCAGGAAUGUAAACUUAUUGAAUGAAAGUAAUUUUCUUUCAAAAAGAAAUGAUCCCCCUCCUUCGUACAAGAGCCCACAUUAUUCCAUUGUGUCCAGAAGGUCUAAUCAAAGUAACCAAACUGCAACCGUAGUUAAUUAUGAAAAUCCCAGCUUGAAUGGUAGCCAAUCUUUAUCCCUCCAGUCUGGACAGCCUUGGCCUCAAGGCGUUAAGUCAAGAGCACAGAAAAUUGCAAAUGCAUCAUUUCAGCAAAACUCAUUAGCAAAUGUUGUCCUCCCCCGUUAUACAUCAGGGAACAGGGGAGGAAGCAGCCCGGUAGUUGACAUCAGUGAAACUGUAACUAAAAGAUUUCCCAUCGAUUCCCUGAGUAAUUCAUCACAAGGAUAUGAGAGAGCGUUAUUGCAGAGAGGCGAGUGUCAAGCUGUUGUAGUAAGCCAUUCAAAUAAGGAUGUUGGAAUGCCUUCGCCAUUCAAACAAAAUGAAAGCUGUUCCUCCUCUAUCUCUGGUCAUACCGGCAUAAGAGCCGUUGCAGUUGUUCCCCCAUUGUCGCAGGAGGAGCCUAAUUCUCCUGCCUCUGCUGAGCCUUGCAAAUCUGUGGAUGAUGCAGAAAAAACAAGGAUUUCACCCUAUGUAGCUACAAUUUGUGAGGCCACACCUGAAAGCGAGGAAUCUAGUCAGACUCAAGUGAUCACCAACAAAGCAGACUCGGAACCAGAAAGUUCGACUCAAACACCAGAGAGUGAUAAUCAUGAAUCGGUUGUUGAAAGGGUUUCACAAGAGUCAGUAAGUCAAACUGGUUCUGGAAAACAAACUGAAGUGGCUACACCUCAAUCACCACCUGUUCAUGAACUUUCUCUGCUCCCAACAAAAUCUUGGACUGCUGAGGAUCUGACCAAAUUAAUAAUGGUGAUGGAAGCUGAACCCAAGCAAACGGGCAUUUCUGAGGUGUCGACUCUUGUCAAAAUAGUUAUGAUAAUGUGGAAUAAAAAUAUUGGAGCAAUGCUUCAUGGCUAUAAGGAAAACUUGAAAACCAGUUUUAUUUCAGAAAAAUUCUGUAAUGCACACAUCAAGCAGGACACUUCUAUACUCACACAAGUUAGCCCUGACUUUAAGGACCAACUCAAACGGUACAAAAUCCUCAAGGAAGGUGAGGUCUACUCAGAACCUCCUUUCAGAUCUUUGUGGUUGAAUGCCAAUGAUCAGCUUGAUGACAUAGAUAAGGAGUUUGGCUUCCCUUGGGCUUUGAAGCGACAUCUUUAUGUGGACGAAACCGCAACCGACGAUGCUGAGACUUUCGAAAACGUUCCUGAACAAGCUGCCAGUGAGUCAGUAAACAAAGUUUUGCCUCCAACAGAGUGUGCAGUAGUUGAUUUGACUGAACAAGCUGCCAGUGAGUCAGUAAACAAAGUUUUGCCUCCAACAGAGUGUGCAGUAGUUGAUUUGACUGAACAAGCUGCCAGUGAGUCAGUAAACAAAGUUUUGCCUCUAACAGAGUGUGAAGUAGUUGAUUUGACUGAAGAAAGUGAAUCCCCCCAGAACCUUAUUGCUUCCCCACAGGAGCCGUCGGGGAAAGAUUCCUGUGACUUGAGCUACUUGUUUAAAAUAAAGGUUUUGCCUCCAGAGGAAGCAAAAGUCAUCUUUGAGCAAGUGCAGAAAGACAAUCAUUCAAGCUUUAACUGUGGAAAAGAAACUGAUGCAAGUGGCUCUGAGCAGAGAGGGGGAUCUGAAGAUAUGGAUACCACAAUAAAUGAUCCCAAACCAAAGAAAUCUUCAGACAAUCAGCUGGAAGAGAUUUGCUGCCUUGCAAGAUUUAUAGAAAUGAACUCAGGACUAGGCAAACUCUCCUCCAAAUGCCAAUGCAGAGACAAACAAAAUGCGAAUGAAGGCACCAUUGAUAUUCUUAAACCUGAUCCUGACUGCUUACCAAUCGUCCAGAAGGUUGUUAUUCAUCAAACUGAUACUCAAAAUGGCCCUGAUCUGUCCAUUAACCUUAGUCAGAUAAUUGAUUUGACUGACGACAAUGAUGACCAACUUUUUUCUUUUUAUGAUAAAGAAUCAGACCCAAUUUUCCAGACCUGCAGCCAGUCAAAUGCUGUUGGUGUAAGCAACCAGGAGGCGGCGGAACUUUCUGCUGAUUCUUCCUCUCCAGAAGAGAGGCAUGAGUUUGUAUUUGAGGAGAGAGAAUCUGAGUUGGACCAUGCACAAGAAAAGCUGCCAUCAACAGGAGCUGUGCAGUCGAGUGAUCCAAUGUGUGGUACCCAGCUAACCAAAUUUGAUCCUUCCAAUUUUAUUGAAACAAAUAAACUAACUCAGUGUUUUAACCAGAAAGAAAUCUGCGAACAAGCUCCUUUAACAUCUGACGACCAGGCUGAAUCACCUUCAGAAAACAAAACUCAAGUUAAUGACGCCACCAGCCAGACAUCCUUGAACCUUGUCAUUAAUAGGAUAAAAACAGAGAAGAGACAAAGGAAUCUUGACCAAUAUUUCCAAACUCUAAAGAAACGUAAAUGUAGACUGCCUGUUGCCUCAGAUACAGAUCACAACUCCGAAGCUCAAGAGUCAGCCUCUGAAGGAAAAACUGUAGAAUUGGUGUUGUACGGAGCUGGGCAACCAGAGAAGAGUUCUCCAUCCAGCAAAGACGAUGUCCUGGUUUCUUCUCAAAUAAAAGCAUCGUAUGAAAAACUCAAACCUCCUGAAAUUCUGUCUGUGAAAUUAGACCCUUUGGGAAUGGACUCCUCUCCAGCUGAUCCCACAAGGGACUACUCAAUCAAACAGCUUAUUUAUGAAAAAUGGAGGAGCAGUAUUCCAACUAUGAGUGGAUCAGGUUUUUUUCGGCACAAAAACAAACUGAAAAGGCAAACCAGUUUGCCUGCUGUAAUUUCCAAGGAGAGCACAAAAGAGCAGGCACAGACAAUCUCCCCUAAACUGAGAUUCUCUGAUAGAACUAAAAAGUUCAUUCAGAGUUUAAAGAAGAAGAAAAGGAGGGCCCUCGCAGAUCGCCUUACACGGGAAGAAACAAAGAGAAGGCGCUACAGUGUCACCCUUGAGAGGCCUGAACAUCAGCAGGGAGGUGAAACCAGUGACAAGAAGCCGGUCCAUGACAAUAUUGUCUUGAAGUUCAAUGUCCUGCCAAACACCUUUAACUUGGCAGAUGGGCCUGUUGAGACGGAGGAGGCAGCUGAACCUGUUCCAGAUAAGUUGAAACCAGUAGAAGAAAAAGAUACAUUUUAUAAGAAAGGUGCAGCAAAAGCAACCUGGUAUCCAAGUGAACCAAAGCAAUACAAGCCACUAUGCGUCUCUAAGAAUGUCAGCCUCUUCCAUGAGUAUCAGAAGAAAUACAAGGAGAAGACAUGCACAUUGACAGAUGAUUGAUUGAUGCAUAAAUAAUGUUACUAAACUUUGUUACUGACAGUGUUGAUAUUAUGAACUCAGGGAGUAGACUAAUACUAUGUUUUAGGUUUAAUCUCCCAGUGAGAGACCUCAGUACUGCCUCCUCAUCUUUAUAUUAGAAAGCUUACACAUUGAAACUGAUUACUUUACAUUCUGUAUACGAGUAUAUUAGCCAAAUGUUUGGGAGGUUUGCUUGUUUUGUUUCUACUGGUUGUUUUUUUUCCAUGUUUUUUGUACCAAGAAGUGUUCUAUUUUUUUACAUUGCUUUAUGAUUUUGUCUAAGAAAGCUAGUGUGUUGUUUGAAAAGAUCAACUUUAAACUUGUCUUGCUUUUUUAUUGUGCAAAUAAAUGAUUUUUUUGCUAA